GCCAUUGCUCUCGUUCCUUUCUUUUUUUCCGUCAGUCAACGCCACUAAUUGGGUUUUGGGAUGGGCACUGAUUAGGCUGCCUGAACGGCAUAGCUGGGACACCUAUAAAGUUACUUGGGGUCCUUGUAGUAGCACAGGACCCGCUUAGCACGCUCGGUGGUGGUGUUGAUGUUUGAAGGGGCUGUCUUCGCUUCAGGUAUGUUUCUGCUACGUUGCGAGUGUAAAGCUCUUUUACUUAUGAGUAGAAAUCUAAGUGCAUUUGUUUUUAUCGUCCAAGCGUAUGGGGAACUGAGAGCUGCCAGGCUGGUUAUGAAGCCCCGGGUUGAUGUUUACUGGCGGUCACCAUUGCAGUGAAACUGGUCACCUGCAAGUCUAACUUCGGGCAUACGCUGGCAUAACUGGGGAGGUAUGUGACAUUUAGUCUGUAUAUUCCCAUCGGGUCGCGUUGACUGGUCUUCCGCUUUUCGCAGUAUUGUUAAGUGAUUGCACCUUUGUUGAUUUUAGCGUAUGGCACUAGUCCCACCGGCAGCCGUCUCCAUGUUGGACUCGAAGCACCUCCAAACCCCUUAAACCCCUGGGAUACGCUGCUAAGGCUAGGAAAGGUCCGAACAGCCACUGAGCAUCGCUAGCUGCUGUUCUCUCGUUUGUGAAUGUGUGCUUGCUCAAAUGUGUGUGCGUGUGCGUGAACCGGUGCUACUCAUGUUGUUAGGGUAUUCUCUUUUGUUUCCUCUAGCCUGUUAGCGUGCUGUGGUGCAGCCUCUACCGUCUGAAAUAGCUACAGGCUAGAGUGGUUUCUUUUUUUUUCUCUUUUCAUUUGUUUUGUUUGUAUGUUAGCCCCUCCCCUGUCCCUGCUCACUCGUUGCUGGCGCGCAGCGUGCCUACUGACGUGUGUGUGUGAGAGGCCACACGGAAAGGCUAGGUCCUAUCUUAGGCACAGAGUAGUAAAAGGUUUGCUGUGACAUUACGUGACUCCUAGUGUGUAACCGAAAGGUGGGGAUCACUGAGUGGAAAACAAGUGUGAGUUCCAGUGUGUAACAAAACAAGUGUGCAACAAGUGUGAAUUCCAGUGUGUAACAAAACGAGUGUGUAACAAGUGUGGAUUCCAGUGUGUAAGGAAACAAGUGUGAAUUCCAGUGUGUAACAGACACGUGUGUUCGCACCAUAUUAGGUGUAUUAGGGCCCUAGCAUCUCCCUGGUGCUUCUCCCCCUUACUCAGUGGUCUCCUCCUGGCCAGGCCCACGUUUGUGCAGGGGUUUCCCUUUUUGUUGAUGUAUUGUUUAUUUUCUUUUUGUCCCAUUAUACCCGUGGGAACCAGAUUUUAUAUGUAUUUAUUAAUAAAGAAUGUCAUUUUUGUACUUUUCUAAAAAACCUGAGUCUGUCCACCUUUUUCGGUAUUUGGUCCCUUUACUGUCUCUUACGAGGUUAUAGGAAGGUAAAGGGUGGCGUAGUCUACUACACCCUGGCUUUACAUAAAGCUGUAAACUAGAAGUUAAUUGUAACUCCUAUGUAAGCUCUUGGGCGUUACAAUUUUGGCAGUAGUUGGCAGGACGAACAACAAAAAAGUUUCUCUUUUGUUUUUCUAUCUUUAUUUUUUUGCUGGUUUUUUUUUAGUAGCACCGUGUGUGUGUGUGGCUGUGUGCGUGCGAGAGAACAGCAGUUGGCAGAAGGAUGAGUACAAACGACGGCGCUGAGGAACCCGCCGCGGCAAUGCAACGACUACAGGAUCGUGUGGCUCAGCUGGAAGCUGAGAAUGAGAGACUUUCAGAGACUGUUCAGAGACCUGCCACUGGGCAGGGAGGCUCCCAGGCAGUGCGAAGGGAACAAGCACUGUAUUUGCCUCGUGAGAGGCGGUGCCCCAAGUUUUCGGGCUCCACAGCAGCUGGGGCUCUCUCUAUCGAAGAGUGGCUGGAAGAAGCAGAAAGCUGCACACGGUCGAGGUACAUGUCUGAUGUGGACAAAGCAUUGUUUCUGUAUGACCAUCUAGAGGGCGAAGCCCGUAAUGAGAUUAAAUAUAGACCUCGUACUAUCCGGGAAAAUCAUGAGGAAAUUAUGACAGUGUUGAAAGAGGUAUAUGGAAGUUCCAAGUCCUAUGUAUAUUGGCAGCAACGUUUCUUUGACCGCAAACAGAAAGAAAACGAGUCUCUCUUUGAGUUUUCUCAUGCUCUCAUGGAACUUAUGGAUAAAGUAAAGCAAUCGAAAGAGGGUGCCAUUUCAAAUGUCGACAUUGUGCUUAGAGAUCAGUUUUGUGAAAAUGUACGAGAUCACAUGCUGCGUAGAGAACUCAAAAGAUUGGUAAGAGCAGACGAUGAUUUGACCCUGUUGGAUGUUAGAAGUGAGGCCACUAGGUGGGUGGAAGAGGGACAACCGAAUCGCGACAGGGGUCCCCGUCCUCCAGUGCGUGUUAAUGAGGCUACAUAUUCCGCCCAGUGCGACUCCGCCGUAGCCCAAACAUCUGAAGUAGCCGAGUUAAAAGAGAUGGUCUUAAAGCAGCAGGCCCAACUGGACCUGCUGGUUAAGCACCUUGGGCAGCCUUCCGGUAGGCCACAGUCUUCUCAGCCAUAUGGGGCCGGGCGUUUCAAACGUACAGCCGAUGGCAAACCAAUUUGUAUUAAGUGUGGUCAACCAGGGCAUAUAGCUCGCUACUGCCAAUCUGUCCCCCCUCCUGGGAACAAUAGUCGUGCCCCCCACUCGCUAAAUGAGAAUUCCGCUACCCAGUCAGCCCCCCCUGCUAGUAGCUCCACUAGUCAGCAGGGAAACUAG